AUGGCCAGAAGAAAUCUGACCACUGUAACAGAGUUCAUUCUUGUUGGCUUCACAGAUCACCCUGAACUGAUGAUUCCUCUUUUCCUGGUGUUUCUCAGUUUCUAUCUCAUCACUCUUCUAGGAAAUGUGGGGCUAAUUAUUCUAAUUCAAGUGGAUGCUCAACUCCACACCCCUAUGUACUUCUUUCUGAGCCACCUUGCUCUUCUGGAUGCCUGCUAUGCUUCAGUAAUCACUCCUCAGAUCCUGGCUACAUUGGCCACAGGCAAGACAGUCAUCUCCUAUGGCCGCUGUGCUGCCCAGUUCUUUUUCUUUACCAUCUGUGCAGGCACAGAGUGUUACCUGUUGGCCGUGAUGGCCUAUGACCGCUUUGUUGCCAUUAGCAAUCCAUUGAGAUACAACAUGGCUAUGACACCAGGCACCUGCAGGGGCUUGUUGGCUGGGGUCUACAUCUGUGGGGUGUCAGGGGCCAUUCUGCGUACCACAUGCACUUUCACCCUUUUCUUCUGUGAUGACAAUCAGAUCAACUUCUUCUUCUGUGACCUCCCGCCCCUGCUGAAGCUUGCCUGCAGCAGCAUGACACAAAGUGAGAUUGCCAUCCUUUUUUUUGCAAAAUUAAUGUUCCUGGCCAAUGUCAUGAUCAUCCUGGUCUCCUACAUACUCAUCAUUAGAGCCAUCCUGAGGGUGAAGUCUCCUGGUGGGCGUGCCAAGACUUUCUCCACCUGCACCUCCCACCUCACCACUGUUGUCCUCUUCUUUGGGACACUUGCCUUCAUGUACCAGAGAAGUAACUCAGAUAAAUCCCCAGAGGAGGACAAGAUCGUGUCUGUCUUUUACACUGUGGUAAUCCCUAUGCUAAAUCCCUUGAUCUACAGUCUCCGAAACAAAGAUGUAAAAGCUGCAUUUAAAAAAAUCACAGGUAAACUCCAGUUUCCAAGAGCUGUUGCUUUAGGUGAGGGUUCUUCAUCCUGA